CCAACCUUGUUCCUCCAUUUCGUCCUGGCUCUGUCUAAGGUUCAUCGUGCUGCAUUCUCAAUUUCACCUAUUCUAAAGCAAACGUCGAUUUUUCCUCGAAACUUUGAAUGCGACGCAUCUGCCGACAUGCGUCACAUCUGCGAAAAUUUCAGCAAACCCACCUCCUACCUCAUCCAAGUCUGAGUGGAGUACAUGGAACAAGACUGCUCACUGUCUGGUCUCCGACGACCAUUGAUGACUACGACCAUAAACGCAGGAGUGAAAUAACUGAUCUUUUAAUCGCGUUCUCUGCAACGAAAGAAACCAAGUUACAACGUCAACCUCUUUACUCUCAAUUAAGGCGUUUCGUGCAGUCUCGCUUUGGUACUCGCUUUGCUGUUAGCGACAUGAGCAUGCGGAGAUGGACCCAUGAUGUUGAAGGCGCUCCUGUAGAGCUCUCAAUAAUAGAUACUAAAUAUCCUCGUGGUAUUCCUCCCGAGGCAGUUGAAAGUGCUUACUCCGAUGCGUAUAACGCAGCACAGGUAGCUGUCGCGCUUCAAGAUUCAGGUUUUACAAACAUUCGAAUGCAGGCUAUCUAUCCGUCCACGGGUCCAGUACCCGGUCCCCAGUUUCCUGGAGAAAUUAUCUGUUCGUCUGAGCAACCCUUCGUGCUCUCGGUUCCUGGGCCUACUCUCGAGCCGACCGUGGUUUUACUACAGCAAUAUGCAUCAGUUACCCAUCGCCUAUCUCAGCUCUUCGUCAUCUUGCAUCUUUGGGCUCGAUCCCAUAACCUACAAGACGUGUUCUCACCUAGAAUUUUGGCAUUCAUAGCUAUACAUAUGUUCCAGAGAUUUGCUCGUAUACUAGAGCCACUUCAAGGAGAUACAGGUACGGGCACGUUGAAAGGCAGUGAUGUAUGGGUAUAUGGACCAUUUGGCCCGGAUGAUCAACCGCCUACAACUGCAUAUCAAGUUGAUACCAGAUUCAGACGUGCAACUCGACGUAAAGAGCCUCUGGUUCAAUUAGUGGAUUUGUUCUUCAGGCGCUGUCACGAGAACUACCUUCGUUCAAAUGUGUUGCUUAUUCAUGGUGACCAACCUCAUUCGAGGCUGAGGUCAUGGGAGGAAAUGGUGUUACCUGACCCAUUCAUCCAUAAUCACAACCAUGCGCAAACUAUACCCGCCGAAUCCUGGGCUCGCUUUUCGAAGCUUUGCGAUAACGCCCGCCUCGUCUUAGCUGAGCAAAAGCCACUGACUGCGAUUUUCGGCCAACAUCUACCUGAAUCCUAUUUCCAACCAGGACAACCAGCUACGCCAAUUCAAGACCUUCAUACUUACAUCAUGACUAGUUACGAGAAUACCCGGCCAACUCGUGAUGUCCACAAAAGACGCACUGAUACCAUCACAAAGGUACAGCGUGUGAUUAAGGAGAACUAUGAGAAGCGACACAAGGGGUAUAAAGUCAAAGUCUUUGGUAGCAGUGCAAUUGGGUUGGAUUCCGCCAGUAGUGAUCUUGACCUUGUCGUUCUCGAUCCAGCAAGGCCGGAUGGUUUUUCGCCCUAUGAAAAGAAUAAAUCCUUGGCACCAAUUUAUGCAAUCAAGAGAUUGGCCAAAGUAUUACAGAAGGCUGGUUUCAGGAGUAUUGAAGCGCGCGCAACCGCUACCGUCCCUAUAGUCAAGUUCAGGGAUCCCGACACGAAAAUAAAUUGCGAUCUGGGAGUAGGCGAACGAUUGGGUCUACUGAAUACCGCUCUGAUCAAGCAUUAUUGCGACAUGUUACCAAUCCUGCGCCCCUUUUUGUACGCGAUUAAAUCGUGGGCGAAGCCCCUCGGUCUCAACAACCCUUCGGGUGUUGCAUCGAGCUCUGCAACCUUCAGCAGUUAUGCCCUCACUUUGAUGACCAUUGGGCUCUUCCAAUCUAAAGGAUGGCUGCCGAAUCUACAGCAGGAUGUAGGUGAUUCUGAAUCUUUCUAUUGGUUCAAGUCAAAAUCCGGCCGCAUCCUGUGCAAUACGAGCUUCAAGAGGAUGCCUGAAUGGAAGCCGAAGGACGUGUCCAUUGAUGAGGCUCUCCUUAGUUGGUUCAAAUUCUGGGGUGACGAAUUUCAGUAUGAAUCGGAGCUAGUUAACAUCAAGGAUGGCGGUAUAGUCGCUAGGGGUCGCAAUGGGUACUCCGUACCAAACACUGCUGCUGUAUCGGACGACGAUGUAGACGACAAUCAGGAACCGGAUGUGGAUAGUCUUGAAGAAAACCCUUCCUGGGGGUUGAAAUGCACCGGGACAGAGGAAUCGUCGGAUGCUGAACUCAAAACUGACUCUAUAUCUGACGCUGAUGAGCAAGAUGGGGAAACCACAUGCUUGGAUGAUGACAAGAUGCCACCUUUGGAUAUGGCCGAGGACGAGGUCAACGAAUUCGACCUCCCAGCCCCUGACAGAUACGACGAUGGCAUGCCUCAUCCAGAUGCAGAACCUUCGGAAUGGAUCGGACACCCGAUCGUUGUGGUAGACCCGUUCAUCCCAACCAAAAAUACCGCUGCCAUGCUCGUUCACAGAAAGGUCCAAGAUUUCCGUCGGGAAUGCACGAAUGCGCAUAGGAUGCUACAAAAAGGCCAUUCUUGGAUAAAGGUGAGAUUUCAGAGUCUGCGCGGUUGCGGUUGCGAUCACCAAGGGCAUGACUGGGCCGGCGUGGGUCUUUUGUUUAUCUCGCCAAGUUUGUUUGCCAGGGGCUACGGCGAUGGAGAUGAGGUCUCUCUCUGUACCUAGUCCGGGAGAUUUGUUCUAAUACACAAUUUACUGCCUAUAUACCUUCAUAUUCUAUGUAAAUACUAGCAAUCCUGUAAUGACAUCUAUAAUCAAACUCACACUAAUGC